AUGAUGGAUAGCAUUGACUUCAAAACUAAAUUGACAGAACUCGAAUCACAGUUGAAUAUUUCUCAUGAGAAACUGUUGAUGCGAGAAAAUGUCAUAUCCCAGUUGGAAGAAGAGAUCAAGGGAAAGGAACGACUGAUUUUUGAGCAAAACCAUCUAAUCAAUAUUCUCGAAAAUGAAUCAGCAUCUCAGACGCAGUUACAGGCAAUUCGAUGUGACAAUAACAACAAAUAUGAUACGGAUUCAAUCAACAGUGAGAGCGAGAUUACCGUAAUUGAGCGUGAAAUCGUCGCAUCGAGCAGUUCGACCUCGCCGUGUUCUUCAGAAAAAAGUGGAAGUAGUGGUGGUGGAAUCAUGACUUCAUCAUCCCUCUUCCGUUCCUCCGAUGAUUGUCAUCGUGACCUUUUCCGAUGUGACAAAUCGUCUUGCAAGUGCGAAUCAAAACUAGAGCAAGCGAUGGUGGAUCGAGAGAGACUUGAGCUUCAAAAUGAGCAGCUCUUGAAGCAAUGGGAAGAAGCGUUGGAGUAUGUUUCGAGUGUUCAGCGUCAAUUGCAAGAAGAAUUGAAGCGGAAUGGACAGUUAAAAAAUGAGAUGAACCAGAGGGCUAGAGAAGAAGUUUUCGAGAUUCCGAGAAAUGUACUUCAUCUCAUGUCAUUUAUCAUUCUAGUGUUUGGUUACCUGCUUUACCGUCUUUGA